GACGUCGCCAUUUUUGUUUUAGUUUCUUCCUGAACUUUUCAAGAUUUCACGGCUCCCGUCCGAACUGUGAUUUAAACUAAACCAACAUGGGUGCUUGUUUGGCACUGGGUUCCCUCGCCAGUUGUGCGUCCUGUCUGUGUGGAUCCGCCUCCUGCCUCCUGUCGUCAUGCUGCCCGUCGACAUACAACUCCACGGUGACCCGGCUGGCCUUCUCCUUCCUGCUGUUGCUCGGAACUCUGGUGUCCAUCAUCAUGAUUCUGCCGGGCAUGGAGGAACAUCUGAAGCAGAUUCCAGGUUUCUGCCUCGGUGGCACAUCCAUACCGGGCAUAGACAACAAGGUGAACUGUGACAUCAUUGUCGGCUACAAGUCGGUGUACCGCAUGUGCUUCGCCAUGGCCUGCUUCUUCUUCCUCUUCUUCAUCAUCAUGAUCCGAGUGCGCAGCAGCAAGGACCACAGGGCCGCCAUCCAAAAUGGUUUCUGGUUCUUCAAGUUCCUGUUGUUGGUCGGCAUAACAGUGGGCGCUUUCUUCAUUCCAGAUGGCAUCUUUAAUAGAGUGUGGUACUACUUCGGCAUGGUGGGCUCUUUCUUCUUCAUCAUCAUCCAGCUCCUCCUGCUGGUGGACUUCGCCCACUCCUGGAACCAGUCCUGGCUGGAGAAGGCCGAAAAUGGGAACUCCAAAUUCUGGUUUGGAGCUCUGCUGACCUUCACCAUCGUCUUCUACGCCCUGGCCUUCACCAUCGUCGUGCUCUUCUACGUGUUUUAUACCAAACCCGACGACUGCACCGAGCACAAGGUCUUCAUCAGCCUCAACUUCAUCUUCUGCAUCAUCGUGUCCGUCGUGGCCAUUCUGCCCAAAGUUCAGGAGGCUCAGCCCACCUCCGGCCUGCUCCAGGCCUCCUUCAUCUCCCUCUACACGAUGUACAUCACCUGGUCCGCCAUGAGCAACAACCCCAACCGGCAGUGUAACCCCAGCCUGUUGAGCUUGGUCCAGCCCAUUACUGCAACUCCACCACCGGGACCGGCUCCUAUGAAGGCCCCCGGAGGCACCCAGUGGUGGGACGCACAGGGCAUCGUGGGAUUGAUCAUUUUCUUGUUCUGUACUCUUUUUGCCAGCAUCCGCUCCUCCAACAACUCUCAGGUGAACAAGCUGAUGCAGACCAAGGAGGGCCAGGGUCUGACCACCGACUACGAGUCCGCAAUGGGGGACGACGGAGUCCGCCGGGCCGUGGACAACGAAGAGGAGGGAGUCACCUACAACUACUCCUUCUUCCACCUCAGCCUUCUUCUGGCCUCCCUCUACAUCAUGAUGACUCUCACCAACUGGUACAUGCCCGACGUGGAAUACCAGGUGAUGCAGAGCACCAUGCCGGCCGUGUGGGUGAAGAUGGGCUCCAGCUGGUCCUGCUUGCUGAUCUACUUCUGGACCCUCGUGGCCCCGCUGGUGUGCACCGGCCGAGACUUCAGCUGAAAGCGGUGAAGUCCGCCCGGUAGCCCGUCGCCAUUUGCUUUCUUCUUUUUUUUUUUUUAAGAAUGAUAGCUUAAGCUUCAAAAUAAUUAUCUCAUGCUUGUAUCUCCACAUUUAUAAUAUUGAAGAAUGAAAUGGUAAUGAGCUUUGUUUGUGAA